AUGGUUUCAGCUAGUACAGUCAAACCUCCGUUCAAUGUCAAGGCAAAAUACGCUUGGUCUGGGGAAAGCAAGAGUGACUUAGGUUUUCUAGAAGGUGACAUUAUGGAAGUUACCAGAGUUACAGGUGACUGGUACUUUGGUAAACUUCUGAGGAAUAGGAAAUGUACCGGCUAUUUUCCCAACAAUUUCGUCACUGUAAUGGAAGAAACCUUAAGAAGAACAGCAAGUUCAAUGGAUACAAACAUCGAGCCUUCCUCUAAGAUGGGUCUUCCGCCAAUACCAAACAGAUCCAUGUUAAAGUCUAAACCUGAACGCCCGCAUGCAAAUAUUUCUUCCUCCAAAUCUACAUCAAAUAUUAGAAAUGAGAAAUUCAAUGACUACCAGCGACACUCAGUGGAGAAAAUGACCCGUAUGAAGAUGGAAUCAUAUAGAUGGAAUGUUACUGCAAGAGAAUCCAGUAAACCAAGACGUUCUUUAGACGAUGGUAUUGUUCCAUCCUUACCGCCACUGCCCACUACAUCCGCCGCCGCCACAAGAACUAGGCAUAAUCAUCCUGUAAAAUCUUUUUCAUCAAAUGACCUUGCUGUCUCCUCCAAUUACAAUGGUUCUAGGGAUGACUACAACUUCUAUAAACACAAUCAAAUGUUUUAUGAUGGUUACAUGCCUAGAUCCACACCUUCCUCAAAUACAAAUUCCAAUUCGUCUGCAAUAUUUUCAAAUUCAAAAUACUUGGAUAAUUCCCUCACUGACAGUGAAAAUAGUUUUGCAUUGAUGAGUGAUUUCAGUGCAACUAGUGCAGGUAGUUUUGCCAGACACAAGUGUGCGCAAUCAUUUGCUGAUUCAUUGGAAAGAUCACAAAACAAUUCAAUGCAUACAAAGUCACAGACGAAUAUCUCCUCCAUGAAUGGAAAAAUGGGAGGUUUAUUAAGAAAAAUAAUGCCAAAAUCAUACAAGUCCCCAGCCCCAACGUCCUACGAAACCGAGGAGCUCCCAAAGUUACCGGAACUGGAUAAUUUACAGAUUUCUAAAACUCAUAACGACGCUAAAGAUUGGCUGACUGUAAAGUCACACCUAAAUAGGUCAAGAACCCUAACAAAAUUUGAAAAGCAUCCCAGAUAUAUGAGAGUACUAGAAGAAAAUAGAGAUAUCGUUUUACAUCCACAAGACUCCAUUUAUAACGGUUUAAAUACCAAUGAAGGCCAACAUUCCGGACCACCAAAGGUUGACAUAGAAUUAUCUGAAUUGAACGUUGAAUACAUUGAUGACAUGACACGGAAGCGUUGUAGAAAGGAAAAUGGUUUGGGACUGGAUUCUUGGGCACAAGCUACUUUCUCAAAUAGGUAUGGUACCAGUAUUGAAAAAUUAAGAGGUAUUUAUAUUUUUUGUACUGAGAUGUUCAGAUUGAUUGAUGAUCAUGGUUCGUCAAAUUUCUCUCGAGAACCAAGAAACCUGAACAAAGUUUUAUUUCAGGAUUAUUGCACACCAUACGAAUUGACCUGGUUAUUCAAAAAAUUGGCAAAUUCGAUCGGUAUAACCUGUGAAAUUGUCAUUGGAUUUCUAAAGACCCCUUUUGCCAACAACUAUGACUUCAAAUAUAAUCACUGUUGGUUAAGAGUACUUGUCAAAAAUGAGUGGAGAUUUAUUGAUGUCAUCCUAGGUAAUACAACAAAUCCAAUACACGAAUUUGUAAGUAACGUAAAGAGAAAGCGGGCAGACAGCAGUUACUUUCUGGUAGAACCAUUAAAAUUUAUAUAUACGCACAUUCCACCAAGAGAAUUUGAGCAGCAUAUCAUACCAAGCAUUGAUCAAUUAUCUGCAUUAUAUUUACCACUAGUUUUCCCAUCUUUUUUCAGAAAUGAUUUAAAGUUGCAUAAUUAUAGCACUGCACUCUCCUAUUUAGAAGAUAGUGAAAUUUUCGAGUGUUCAUUAGAGUUGCCUAAUGACAUUGAGGUGUUUGCGUCUGUGGUGGUUCCAACUGAGAAUCAAAACAAUUCUCAAUAUAAUAAAAUGGAAUUGACGCUGACACAAAUCAAAAAGCAUAAAGUUGACUCCACUCGUAGGGUAGCAUUGAUUAAGGCUGUCCUACCGCCUGGUGCUUCAAAAGGUUCAUUGUACGUUCACUCUGGUUUAAGGGGAACACAAACAACACUUGCGAACGUGCAUCCGGUGUCGAUGUUAAUCCCACUAGAACAUAAAGGUACAACCAUGAACUAUGAAUUUGUUACUCGCGUACCAUCAGAAAACGUUCAAAAAAUAGAACUCUACAUUAAAGAACCCCAAAGUAAAUACUUAUUUGAAGGCAAUGAGUACACCUUUGAAAUUACAUCCAGCCCGUUUGAUGGUGUAAUGUAUAACAGAUCAUCCAAAACGCAAAAUAAGAGCCAGCGCAUAGCAAUAAAGUCACCGUCAGGUAAGGUGCACGAACUACGAAAGACUGAUCCCAGCUUCCCAUAUGGAGCGUCAAGUCUGGAUGUCACCAUCACCGAAAAAGGUGUUUGGACAGGCCUCGUAGUUGCAGACUCUGGAGCAGGCUGGUGUCCAUUUGCUGAAUGGCUUUGUAUAUAA